CCGCGCCCGGCGGAUCCAGGAGACCGCACGGCGGGGACGCGCGGAGACUGCGACCCGGAACCGUCUGCCGCGGGAAAGCAGUGCCCCUGGCCUGGGGCUCGCUGCGCGGAAAUCGGCGGUUAGGCGAAGAAGUCCCUGUGACCCGAGGACGCCAUGGCCACGUCGGCCCCACUGCGCAGCCUGGAGGAGGAGGUGACAUGCUCCAUCUGCCUGGACUACCUGCGGGACCCAGUGACCAUCGACUGUGGCCACGUGUUCUGCCGCGUCUGCACCAGCGAUGUGCGCCCAGCCCCAGGUGGCCGGCCCGUCUGUCCGCUCUGCAAAAAGCCCUUCAGGAAGGAGAACAUCCGGCCCGUGUGGCAGCUGGCCAGCCUGGUGGAGAACAUCGAGCGGCUGCAAGUGGACAAGGACCGACAGCCAGGAGACGUGGCCCGGGAGCAGACGGAUGGCAGGCUGUGCGAGCGGCACCGCGAGAAGCUGCACUAUUACUGCCAGGACGACGGCAAACUUCUGUGCGUCAUGUGCCGCGAGUCUCGGGAGCACCGGCCCCACUCGGCCGUCCUCGUGGAGAAGGCUGCCCAGCCCCACAGGGAGAAGAUCCUGAACCACCUGAGCACCCUCAGGAGAGACAGAGACAAGAUUCAGGGCUUGCAGGCCAAGGGAGAGGCCGACAUCCUCACUGCGCUGCUGUGGGCCCUGUCUGGCGGCUGCCGCUGUUGUGCCAGGGAUGGCCAGAGUGCAGGGAACCAAGGAGGUCCUGCCUGA